UGUUUCACCGACUGAUAGUUUUUUUAUGUGCAAAGCCGCCAAACAUUUAUGCAACGCGAGCAGAAACAAUAUCAUCGGAAAAGGAACAACUUUGGUCACAGUUUAAAGUGCUCGGGUGAGUGCGGCGACAACUUCAAUGCCAUUGACGACGCUUUCGAAGAAUGGGACUGCGAUUGGGAGUGGGAAUAGUACUGGCAGCGGAAUACCACAUAAAAUGGGGCAUGGAAUCGGCCACGACAAGGCGCACGAGAUGCCAGGGUCCACGACGGGAGUGGAGCGCAGCAAGAAGUGCUCGAUUGCCUCCAAUGUCAGCAGCACGCAUUCCACUGACUCUGGACUCCCAGCCUCUGCAGCAGCGGCAACAUCAGCGACAUCUGCAACAUCCACAGCAGCAGCAGCAGCACUAGACGCAGCUGUUAGGAGUGGAGUCGGAGGAGGAGGUGGCUCGCAUUAUUCGACGGACAAAAGCGGCUCAUCCGGCUAUUACAGCUCCAAUGUGCGUUCCACUUAUUCGCUGGACGAGCACAUCUAUUGCGAACCGGUCAUAGACAUCCUAGACGCCGCCGGAGAGAAGCAGGAAAAGAUGAAGAGUGGGGCCGCCAGGCAGCGGCUGCGGCCGCAACUCCAGCUGCCGAGGAAAGUGUCCGCCAAAGAUACAGCAGCCCCAUUGCCAUUGCCACUGCCCCCAGUUGCUGCUGCUGCUGCUGCCACUGCAGCAUCGGAAAAGUUGUACACAGUGAAGAGCCAGCGCUUGGACAUGCAAGAUGCAGCCACCGGAGCUGCCAUCGAAGAGUUCCAUUCAACAGGAGUCAACGACCUCAAACAGACGGAGGAGGAGGGGCACAAGCUGGAGCAGAUGCUGCCGCACUACAGCGACAAAUUGCGCAUCCUGGAGACGAGCAUUGAGAACCUGGACCGCCACCUGAAGACCUUCUCCCGCCUGUUUGCCCAGGAGCAGAUUGUGUCCUUCAUGCAGGCGCCCGAUGCCCCACCCCUGGCUCUGCCCCCACUCCCACACCCACUGGACAUUAGCGAAAAGCUGAGGGUCUACAACCAGCUGCCGACCAUUAUGGAGCAGCAGCAGCAGCAAUUGGUGGACGAUUCUCUGCUGGACAUCGAUCUGGACGCCUUUCUGCUCGAUCCGAAGCCCCCAUCGCAAUCCCAAUCCCAGACCAAUCUCAACCGCAAGGCCAAGGCCAAGUCGGGGCGGGGAAUCGAUAAUACGAGCUUCCUCAGCGACGAGCAGUUGGAGGAGAACAACUACAAGUGUGCCAAGUACAUCAACUCCUGCCCGGAGGACGCCUACCGCGUGGAGAGCGAGGCGGCGGCCGGCCACGCCCCCGUCAUCGAAGAGAGGUUUGUGAAGCGCUACGAGGACCAGCUGCACUUCCAGAGCACCCGCGAGCUCCUCGAAGACGUGCGCGACAAGAUACGCCUCCUGUCGCGUGCCACGCCCUCGCCCACACGCACACCCCCGCCGGAUAUACCCAAGGAGCUGGAAGGCAUGAUCCACACGCUGAAGCAGGACCUGGAGUCCUACCUGCAGCGCAUGAACCAACACAGCGAGCAGGAUCUGCGCCAGCUGUGCAGCGGCCUGGGCCGGCAGCAGCACGUGGUCCGCCUGCAUAACGCCCUGGAGCGGAGGCGAAGCUGCGCGGACCUGCUGCACCUGAACGCUUACGAGGCAGUGCACGACGGGGUCCUGAUCUCGGCCAGCGGCCGUCCGCUCAGCGUCCGCGAGCAGAUCAUGACCAUCCGCUGUGCCAGCGAUCCCAACUUCAAAAUGAAGCGAAAGUCCAUCACCGAGGUCUUCCCCACAGCCGAGUGCUACAUCGAGACCACGUCCCUCUCUCGCAGUGACACGCCGACGCCCGCCUCGACGCCUCAGCUGGAGCUGGAGGCCCUUCAUCCCCCGUCGCUGCCAGGCACCAUGGUGGUUUCCCAGAUGCAGCGUAACCUCACCUUCCACAAGCCCAUCCUCUCCGGCGCUGGCUCCAGCGGAGGUGCCAGCCAGGAGGACGCUCUGGGCGGGGGCUCCGGAGCCGGCAAGGGCGAGCGGGACAGCUUCGCCGAGUGGCACCGAAAGAAGCCGAGCAUCUGGGAGAUGUACUAUGGCACCAACCGCCUGCACCAGUCGCUCCUCGGCAAGCAGCGGGGCGGAGGCGAACUAGUCAUCAGCAGCCCCCAGCCCACGCUGUCCUACCCAUCCUCACGACCCGAAUCCGACUUUACGCUCGAUCUGCCGCGCGCUGAUCAACUGCGAUUGAAAAUGGAAAAGGAGAAGAAAUUCCGCCAAAGAUGUCGCUUCAUCACCACAUUUUUAAGUCUGGUCUUCUUUCUGCUGACCGUCAUGGUCGUCAGCUUGGUGUUGACCCGCGGCAAACGCAUGUUCGGCAGCAUGAUCUGA